AUGACCGUUUUUGCCGCUUUUAAUAUCGCAAAACUCUUCGACUGUCAGCAGAACUCUAUGCAGGAAUGCAAGAGUCGGAUGGAAUUCAUUCUCAUCGGUUCCCCAAAACCUCUCCUUAUUAGUGGUUCCGUCGGCUAUAAGUGUCCAACGCGUGGCAUCGGAUCCAUACUUAUGUAUUGUGUAUUUCAGGGUAUAGAUAUGAGAAGAUUGAGUCUAUUUGGUGGCAGCAGUUCCGGACGAUCGGAUGCUUUUUGUUUAAAUGGUAACGAAGUUUGCACUCAAAGCGCGUUUGGGAUCGGAGUCUAUAAGGGAAAUGUAGUCGCAAUCAAACGGAUAUUUAAAAAGUCAAUCGACUUAACACGAAAUGUCCGAAAAGAGCUGAUCCAGGUAAGAGAGAUGAGACACGAGAAUAUAAACUCGUUUAUUGGCGCCAGUAUUGAGUCGACAAAUAUAUCCCUUAUAUUCUUAUACUGCGCCCGAGGAAGUCUUGAGGACGUAUUAAGGAAUGAAGACUUGGAUUUGGAUAAUAUUCGUUGGGUCCUUCAGAUUACGGACUAUGGUUUACACGAGUUUAGAGCAAAUCAAGACUUUACGCAUUUUGAUGAACAUAAACGACAAAGAGAUCUAUUAUGGAAAGCACCAGAAUUGUUGCGAACCAUUAAUCCUCCGAUGAGAGGGACACAGAAAGGAGAUGUCUAUUCAUUCUUAACCUCGAAAUAG